AUGCAGCCACCAGCCAGCCCCAAGCUGAAUGACCUGCGUGACAACAGGAACCAGAGGUCUGCUGAUCCACUUCUUGCUCGGGAAAGCAUUGGGGAAAUCUGGUUGAAAAAGUUCAGAAGACCCGAGGCUCAGGAUCACUCAGUGGAGCCGAGCUUAGAGAAACUGGAAAGAGCCCGAGGGGCGCCGUCCACACUGCCCAGGAGUGGGCGGGUUGUGGAACCCACUUCCAGGAUUUUUGGCCUAGGUCUCCGCCAUUAUCCUGUGCGUCUCCUGGCACCACCGCGACCACAGGGUCCUAUGUCAACCAAUGCGGUUCCCAUGGUAGCAGCAGCAUUUAUGGUCCCUGGACAGGGCCAUGUGAUCUUUGAGGAUGUGGCUGUGUCCUUCUCCCAGGAGGAGUGGGGUCUCCUUAACGAUGCUCAGAGACUCCUGUACUGUGACAUGAUGCUGGAGAACCUGUCACUUAUAGCCUCCCUGGAACAAGUGACAGAAGACAGGAAUCCAAAGCUGGAGCCAUCUAUCCUGAAGCCUCUGUAUUCCGAUACGAGCGUCCUGGUGGAGAAAGAUGUUUUGUACUUGGCUGACAAUAUGUUCACGUGCAGAGAGGUUGAGAAGGCUUUCCUAGGCAGCUUAGGCUUUCCCCAGCACCAGCCCUCCCACGAUGGAGAGCAUCCACGUAGAAGUAGGCAGAGAAGGGAGGUCUCUCACCCUGGGCAAGAGCAUCACAAGUGCAGUGAAUGUGGCAAAGCCUUCAGUAAAAAGUUUAAAUUCGCAGAGCACCUGAGAGUUCACACUGGAGAAAAACCUUAUGAGUGCAGUGACUGUGGGAAGUUCUUUAGACACAGCUCCAGUCUUAUUCAUCAUCGGAAAGUUCACACAGGAGAAAGGCCUUAUGAGUGCUGUAAUUCCUUACUUUGCAAGGAUUCACUUGUUCAGCACCAAAAAAUCCACACUGGAGAAAAUCCUCAUAAGUGUGGUGAAUGUGGAAAGUGCUUCCUGUACAAAAAUAACCUUCUUGUGCACCAGAGGAUCCACAGUGGAGAAAGGCCUUAUGGGUGCAGCAAAUGUGGAAAGUCCUUUGUCUUCAAAAAAAGGCUUCUUUAUCACCAGCGAAUCCAGACUGCAGAAAGGCCUUACAUGUGCUGUGAAUGUGGGAAAGCCUAUGUCUACAAAGGAAGUCUUAUUGUGCAUAAGAGAAUUCACACUUUAGAGAAGGCUUAUGGGUGUAACAAAUGUGGGAAAUUCUUUACAAGCAGUUUUGCCUUCAAUAGACAUGAGGAUGUUCACACUGCAUGA